AAGGUCGAGUCCGAGGGUGCGGGCUUGGACCCGGGAGCUGCGGCGCAGGAGUCCGCGCACUGCCCAUGGACUCGCCGGGGGACCCCGAAGGCCCACGCCCCCCAGGAGGUGAUGGCCCUCCAGGAGGUGCACGGGAGACAUCCAGGCAGCUUUCAAGAGAACAGAUCUUUGUACUGAUAGCAGCAGCUUCCAUUAACUUAGGCUCCAUGAUGUGCUAUUCUAUCCUUGGACCUUUUUUCCCCAAGGAGGCUGAAAAGAAAGGAGCCAGCAAUACAGUUAUUGGUAUGAUCUUUGGAUGUUAUGCUUUGUUUAACUUGCUGGCAUCUUUGGUAUUUGGAAAAUAUCUUGUACAUAUUGGAGCAAAAUUUAUGUUUGUAGCAGGGAUGUUUGUCUCAGGAGGAGUUACAGUUCUCUUUGGUGUAUUGGACCAAGUUCCAGAAGGACCCAUGUUUAUUGCUAUGUGUUUUCUAGUGAGAAUAACUGACGCAAUCAGUUUUGCUGCAGCAAUAACCGCAUCUUCUUCUAUCCUUGCAAAGGCUUUUCCAAAUAACGUGGCUACAGUAAUGGGAAGUCUUGAGACUUUUUCUGGACUCGGUCUAGUACUAGGGCCUCCUUUGGGUGGCUUCUUGUAUCAAUCCUUUGGCUAUGAGGUGCCUUUCAUUCUUCUGGGAUGCAUAGUUCUGCUGAUGGUUCCCCUCAACAUGUGUAUUUUACCUAAUUAUGAGUCUGAUCCAGGGAAACACUCAUUCUGGAAACUCAUCAUUUUACCCAAGGUUGCCUUUAUAUCCUUCGCCAUUACCUCACUCAGCUCAGGUUUUGGCUUCCUUGAUCCUACGCUGUCCCUCUUUGUUUUGGAGCAGUUUAAUUUACCAGCUGGAUAUGUGGGACUGGUAUUCCUGGGUUUGGCACUAUCCUACGCCAUUUCUUCACCACUGGUGGGCCUACUCAGUGAUAAAAUGCCACAUCUAAGGAAAUGGCUUCUCGUUUUUGGAAACUUAAUCACAGCAGGGUGCUACAUGCUCUUAGGACCUGCCCCAUUCUUUCACAUUAAGAGUCAGCUCUGGUUGUUGGUGCUGAUAUUAGUCAUAAAUGGUAUCUCUGCUGGAAUGAGUUUAAUUUCAACUUUCCCGGAGAUUCUCAGCUGCGCACAUGAAAAUGGGUUUGAAGAAGGGUUCAGUACCUUGGGACUUGUGUCAGGUCUCUUUGGUGCAUUGUGGUCAGUUGGUGCUUUUGUAGGACCAACGCUGGGAGGAUUUCUGUAUGAGAAAAUUGGUUUUGAAUGGGCAGCUGCUCUGCAGGGUCUCUGGGCUCUGACAAGUGGACUAGUGAUGGGCUUGUUUUAUCUGCUGGAGCAUUCAAGAAGAGGGAGAUCUAAACUUCAAAAUAGCCUCAGCACAGAGGAGGAACGGGCUGCUCUCUUGCCUGAUGAAACGUAGCCUUACCUUAGGAAUUCCUACUGAUACGGGGCUGGGAGAUGGAUGCUCCUGGCCUUGAACUUCAUCGCUGGAAGGAUUUUCCUAAUUUUUACACACAAAACUCCAUGGACUCCACACCAGCAUCCUGAAAUUGUUAGCAUAGUUUUGGAUGAUCCUGUGUUGGGCUGCACAUACUGU